CGUGAUAACAGAACCUACGCGUCUUGUCCCAGCCUCCGAGCUGAAACGCGAGCGCGAGUAGGCCGAUGUAUCACGUGACCCGAGCACGGCACCUAGUUGGCUGCAGCCGGGUUACCUAGACAACCGAGCGUGCGGCGCCAGGCGGGUCUGCACCAGUCGUUCUCCCCGGCUAAGCUGACCAUCUUUUGCAGCGACGGUCUCGCACUCGCUCCCGGGCGGCGACCGAGUUCACGGGCCGCAGAUGGGAGCCCAGGGCGCCGAAGAUGCGGGCGGUCCGGGACGAGACGCCGGCGCGGGAGCUCUUCCGGGACGCCGCAUUCCCCGCCUCGCACUCCUCGCUCUAUUACAACUUGUCCACGCCUCUGGCCCAGUUUCGGGAGGACAUCACUUGGAGACGGCCCCAGGAAAUUUGUGCCACACCUCAGCUGUUUCCAGAUAACCCAUGGGAAGGACAGGUGAAGCAAGGGCUGCUGGGGGAUUGCUGGUUCCUGUGUGCCUGUGCUGCCCUGCAGAAAAGUCAACACCUCCUGGACCAGGUCUUCCCUCCAGGACAACCAGACUGGUCUGACCAGAAGUACCAAGGCUUCUUCACCUGUCGAAUUUGGCAGUUUGGACACUGGGAGGAGGUGACCAUAGAUGACCGUCUGCCUUGCCUUGCUGGAAGACUCUGCUUCUCUCGGUGCCAGAGAGAGGAUGUGUUUUGGCUUCCCUUACUGGAAAAGGCCUAUGCUAAGGUCCAUGGGUCCUAUGAGCACCUGUGGGCAGGGCAGGUGGCAGAUGCCCUGGUGGAUCUCACUGGAAGCCUGGCAGAAAGGUGGAGCCUGAAGGACAUAGUGGGAGCCAGUGGCCAGCAGGACAGCCCCAGUGACGGGGAGCACCGGACUUGUCGGCAGCUACUCCGCCUGAAGGACCGGUGUCUGAUCAGCUGCUCUGUGCUCAGUCCCAGAACAGGUGCCAGGGAGCUCGGGGAGUUCCAUGCUUUCAUCAUCUCAGAUAUGCGGGAGCUCAGGAGUCGGACUGGCCAGGGUAUCCUCCUGCUGCGGAUUCACAACCCUUGGGGCCGGCGUUGUUGGCAGGGACUCUGGAGAGAGGGGGGUGAAGGGUGGAGCCAGGUAGAGCCAGCGGAGGAGUCUGAGCUGCUGGCACAACUCCAGGAAGGAGAAUUCUGGGUGGAGGAAGAGGAGUUUCUCAGGGAGUUUGACGAGGUCACCAUUGGCUAUCCGGUCACAGAGGCUGGCCACCUGCAGAGUCUCUACACAGAGAAGGUGCUGUGCCAUACGCGGACACUGCCUGGCGCCUGGGUCACAGGGCAGUCAGCUGGAGGCUGCCGGAACAACAGCUGCUUUCCCUGUAACCCCAAGUUCUGGUUGCGGGUCUUGGAACCCAGUGAGGUGUGUGUGGCUGUCCUUCAGAGACCCCGGAAGCGCUUAAUGGGCCACACCCGGGCACUGGUGGGUGCCAGCCCUGCACCAGCAAACCUCCCAGGCAAGGACUACCAGGCUGUGGGCCUGCAUAUCUGGAAGGUAGAGAAACGGAAGGUCAGCCUGCCCAGAGUCCUGUCUGCACCCCCCGUGGCUGGCACUGCAUGCCACGCGUAUGACCGUGAGGUCCACUUGCGCUGUGAGCUCUCUCCAGGCUACUACCUGGCUGUCCCUAGCACCUUCUUGAAGGAUGUGCCAGGGCAGUUCCUGCUCCGAGUCUUCUCCACUGGGAAAAUCUCCCUCAGUGCUGUCAGGCCGGCCAGCAAGGGUGCAUCACCUGCAACAGCCCUGCCUCCGGGCGAGUGGGAGACUGUGCAGCUGCGGGGCUGCUGGAGAGCUGGCCAGACAGCUGGGGGCAGCAGGAACUUUGCCUCUUACCCCUGCAAUCCUUGCCUCCCCUUUUCCGUUCCCGAGGGUGCUGGUCCCCGCUACAUCCGCAUCACCCUGCACCAACACUGCCGACUCAGUGACAGCCAGCUCCACCCCAUUGGGUUUCAUAUCUUUCAGGUUCCAGCAGAUGGUGAGAACCAGGAUGCAUGUUCCCUGCUGCUCCAGGAGCCACUGCUAAGCUGUGUGCCACAUUGCUAUGCCCAGGAAGUGAGCCGCCUCUGCCUCCUGUCAGCGGGAACCUACAGGCUUGUGCCCUCCACCUACCUGCCAGACACAGAGGGUACCUUCACAGUGACCAUAGCAACCAGAAUAGACAGGCAGUCCAUUCACAGCCAGGAGAUGCUGGGCCAGCUGCUCCAGGAGGUCUCCUUCAUGGCAGUGAUGAAAGCCUGACUGCAAGUAUCUGAGUGCUAGCUGUGGCCGGC